AUGGGCCACGAGGGGGACGCCAUUGCAACGUCCGGUCCCCUGCGGUCGCCAGGCUCCGUUUGGAACGUCGUCAUGGACUGCGUCGGAUACGAAGUUCAACUCCAUCAGUGUAGACUUAGGCUUAUGAACCACACAUGUCACACCGCCGCAGGUGUCUCAUGUUCUAGAAAAGUGGGAAAAGUAGACGCCAAGCUGAGGUCCCUGUUGUCUACGGACUGCGGGGUUCCUGAGGACUCUUCGAGGCGGUAUAUCGGAGGGCUGGCCAGAGCCGGGGCGGAAUCAUUCCCGCUGGGAGGCGGCGCCCUGAUUUGUGGAGGAUCUAUCAUAUCAGAAGACUAUGUACUGACGGCAGGGCAUUGUUUGAAACGUAGAGGCGACCUCGGGCUCGUGAUCAGAGCCGGAGACUACAAUUCCCGCUUCGUUGAAGGGAGUUUUUUAAAGCAGGUGUUCGAAAUUGACAAGGUAUGGGUCCACGAGCGCUACGGAGAACAUAAAAUUUUCUUGAAAAACGACAUCGCUCUUAUCAAGAUUCAGCGAAGGAACGGCAGAGGCUUCAGGUUCAGCGAGAGAGUGAAGCCAGUGUGCCUGCCCUCUUCCGACGCCACCUACGACGACCUUGGGGAAUGCAAGAUGGUGGGCUGGGGCGAGAGCGACUUCGAUGCCGGGGCGAAAUCCCGGCCGCGCGAGGUGACCACCUUCGUGUUGCCAGAAUCCUGGUGUGACAACGUCUUCUUUUCGGCAGCGCUACCUACACUUCCUCAAAAAUAUGCGCAGGCGAUAACACGUACAGUCGGAGCGGCUGUCGUGGCGACUCGGGGGGUCCCUUGGCCUGUCUCACGAGGGGCAGGUACACGCUUUACGGCUUGCUAUCCUCCGGUACCGCCUGCGUGGUCGACAGCAUUGCCCUUCCUGACAGCUACACGAGGAUAGUCAAGUACGUGCGC